UUAGGCUUCUACUGUGCGCCUGCGUGAGAAAGGGGAGGGGAGAAAAGGUCUGGCCUGCCUGAUGCGCGUGCGCUGUUGUGGAGGCGUCGGCAGGGUAUCGGUUUGACAGAUAAAUAGGAUAUUUUGUCCUUCUCGGUUGGGGUUGUUUUCUGGGUUGUUUUCCCCCCUUUCCCUGAGGCAUUAGAGGUAACUAUGUCGUACGGACAGUUAGAGACUUACCGGCCUGGGGGGCUUCCGGCUCGAGAUUUCAGCACUAUUAUCCAGACCUGCAGCACCAACAUACAGCGCCUGGCACAAUGCACUUCUCAAAUAAAGAAUUUGAUGAAUCAGUUGGGAACCAAGCAGGAUUCAACCAAACUGCAGGAAAACCUACAACAGUUGCAACAUACAGCAAACCGGCUUGCCAAAGAAACAAAUGAAUUCCUGAAGGAGCUAGGCUCCCUUCCACUGCCCUUAUCCACUUCAGAACAGCGCCAGCAGAAACUUCAGAAGGAGCGUUUAAUGAAUGACUUUUCUGCAGCCUUAAAUAAUUUUCAAGCAGUGCAGAGAAGAGUCUCGGAGAAAGAAAAGGAAACUGUUGCCAGGGCAAGAGCUAGCUCUCGUUUCUCUGGAGAUGAGAGACGCAGGGAAGAGCAGUUGGUCUCAUUUGACAGCAAUGAAGAGUGGGAUCAGAUGCAGGCUCAGGAAGAAGACGUAGCUAUAACAGAACAAGAUCUUGAGUUAAUCAAAGAGAGGGAAACUGCCAUUAGGCAAUUGGAGGCAGAUAUCUUGGAUGUGAAUCAGAUUUUUAAAGAUUUGGCUAUGAUGAUCCAUGAUCAGGGAGACAUGAUUGAUAGCAUAGAAGCAAAUGUAGAGAAUGCAGAAGUCCAUGUGGAAAAUGCCAGUGAACAGUUGCAGAGAGCUGCUUAUUAUCAGAAGAAAUCACGCAAGAAGAUCUGCCUCCUAAUUUCUGGCCUGGCUUUAGCUUGUUUAAUCUUGGUAAUAAUCAUUUGGCAAUUUUCACAAAAAUGAAGCAUUUCUGUGGAAUUAGAUACACAAUUAAUAUUUCUGCCAUGAAACAAGCCUAAGGAAUGAGAGGAUUGAGGUGAAAUGGAACAGAAACUGAUUUUCCAUUAGUAAUUAUAAUAUAAAAACUAACAUGAAGCUAACUAGUUCUUGGAUUUAGUGAACCAUGAAGACAGUCCACGUUAAUUUAUUUUAUUUAACUAAACUUGUGGAGGGCAUUUUGUUUUUCUGAAUGUUCCUGUCCCAAGUAUUGAAGGAUGUGAUCAAUCAUUUAGAUUAGCUUGUUAAUUGCCAUAAAUACUACAGAUCUAACUUUUUAAAUGUGUACUGCUUUUAUAAGUGACUCAUAUAGGAAUAACAACCAAGUACAAAAUCCCAAGCAAUUUUCAGUGAUCCACAGCUGUUCCAGAUGUGCAUCCCCCCACAGGAAACUGCCAUACUCGUUUAAAACAGCAAUUCCCAACUUCAAUUCGCGGAAGCUGCUUCGAGUAUAGCCCAGUGGGCUUGGGGGAAAAAAUAGGACCUUCUGUAGCAGACAAAGAAUAGUUUUUCAACUUAUGGAGAGAACAUCUCGAUUUUCCCAAACAUAGCAUAGCUAACAUGAGACAUAUUCAAGGUGUCUUCUUUAUAAAAUCAUUUGGUAAAAAUUAGUCUGAAGGUAUUUGUAUUUAAAGUCCUGUUUCUCUCUGCUCCAUUUUUGUGGUGGCUAUCAAUUGCUUAGUAAUAUGUCCAGAUGUCUUUUUCAUGAAGGCAUCAUUGGAAAUGGCCCAUCCUACUGUCUCUUCCCAACUUUGUACCACUAGCAUGUACAUUAUUAUAGCAGUAAAAAGUUGGCACCAAGUCUGAAAUGGAAAGAUGACAGAUGGUUAUGGCUCUUAUCUUUUGAGAUUUUGGUAAAUAUGUCCAAAAGAUUUCUAGUUCGGAGUACCAACUUCCUUCCUAGACGGUCUGUAUAUAUUGCAGUCAAAUGUACUAGGAAAACAAGAUUUAAUGAAAGAAGUUUGCAGCAUACUGGAGGUUGAUAUGACUUCUGUCCUUCUUUGCUUAUAGUGAGAAUGACUUGAUUUCCUCCUAUAUUUAAAUGUGUAAAGUAGCUUAAUCCUGACCUACUGGUACCCUACUUGUGCUAAAAAAAACAUCCAUAUUGGGAGUUUAGGAAAAACGUUCUGAAUGGUAAAAGGAAGCUUUAAACCUUUUGUACCAAUGGAGGAUUAGAAGCAUGCCAGUCUAAGAUUCACUUUUCUGUCUCUUUAUGGAAACCCAUUUUAUGUCUGAUUUGGUGUUUUAAUCUGCUCAGAACUUGUAUUUUUAGUGAAAUUUCUGGGUAGCAUAUUUGGGUCAAUGAUAUUCUUAAAAGAAAAUGGGCAUGGAAAGCCUAAAAUGUUGACUUGGUAACAUUCUGUAUACAAGUAGUGAAUGUUUUUCUCCCAACAUCUAUUUAUUACUUCACACAUUUUACAUAUUUAAAUGACUAAACUGUGAAAGUUGCGUGAAGAAUGAUGCCCUCAGUUGCACAUCUUUCUUUGCACUAUCAUUCCGUCCAUUGAAGUAUCAAUAAACAUUUUUAGAUAUUU